CAACAAAAGCAGCUAAUGUUUAGCUGCAUUAGCAGUCUCUGUUAGCAUAUGAUUAGCAUUUUAUCAAUACCAUAUUACCUGAUCCUCGUCAUCAUAGAAAUAAUUACACAGUAAUAAUUACUGUUCUGGUAUCAUUCUUAGAGAAAUGUAAAUUGUUUCCUGACAUACCGAGGUCACUGAUUAUAAGGCCGGUUUAGGGCUGUGUUGCAGUUAUAUUUGUUGCAAGAUGAACUUUAGACCGAUCUGCUGAUUUUCAUUCUAAAACAAUUACUCACAAAACACGUGUAUUAGGUGAAGUGUAGAUAGCUCAACAGCCUACAAUUAACAGUUACGGCACUUACAAAACCUUAAUUCUGGUGAAGAACUUGAUUUUUAACUGUUUGCAACCAACAAUCAGAACAAUGUCAGUAAUGCAAAGUAAUGGGUAUUCACAGCUGUAAAGGGUGCCUACAUAAUAUACUUGCAGAAAAAAUGGCAGAAGCAACGAAUUCAGCUCCAAUGGAAGUUGAAGAAAAUGGUCUGCAGAAUGGAGGUAGUUCAAUUCCAUCGAUGCCAUGGUUUGGAAUGGACAUUGGUGGCACUUUGUGCAAAUUGGUAUAUUUCGAACCGAGAGAUAUAGCCCAGGGUGAAUCCGAAGAAAUUGAAAUCCUAAAGAACAUUAGAAAGUAUUUAACCAAGAAUUCCUCCUAUGGCAAAACGGGACAUAGGGAUACCCAUUUGCAAAUGGAUAAUGUAGUGUUAAGAGGCGUAGUAGGGUCAAUCCAUUUCAUUAGAUUCCCUACUUCUCAGAUGAAAAGAUUCUUAACAUUAGCUAAUCAGAAAGGAAUGGCAAAGCUGGUUACUACAGUUUGCGCUACUGGUGGCGGAGCCUAUAAGUUUGAAGAUGAUUUCAACAAGCACGUAAACAUGAACUUGGAGAAAUGUGACGAAUUCGAGUCGCUUCUCAAGGGCCUACUGUACAUCGACAAAAACAAUCUAACUGAAUGUUAUUACUGGACAAAUCCAACGGACGAAACCAAAUGUGCCAAAGUUAACUACGACUUUUCCAAGCCAUAUCCGUUCCUGCUGGUUAAUAUUGGUAGUGGAGUUAGCAUUUUAGCUGUACAUAGUCCUACGGACUAUAAAAGAGUGUCAGGAACAAGUUUGGGAGGAGGUACAUUCCUUGGACUAUGUUGUCUAUUAACUGGGUGUAACACUUUUGAGGAAGCAAUCGGGUUGGCAGCUGAGGGGGACCACACAAAUGUAGAUAAAUUAGUUAGGGACAUUUAUGGGGGUGAUUAUGCAAAAUUCGGACUUCCUGGAGAUUUAGUCGCCAGCAGUUUUGGACAAAUGAAUUCCCGAGACCGACGAAGUAAAGUCAAAAGACAGGAUUUAGCACGGGCAACUUUGGUCACUAUAACGAACAACAUCGGAUCGAUUGCCAGAAUGUGUGCUAUCCAACAGAAUGUCGACAGGGUAGUGUUCGUGGGCAAUUUUCUGCGCGUUAAUCCAAUCGCAAUGAAACUUCUCGCAUAUGCCAUGGAAUACUGGUCUAACGGUUCAAUGAAAGCACUGUUCCUUGAACAUGAAGGCUAUUUCGGAGCAGUUGGUUGUCUGCUUCAAUUCCAUGGGGAUAGGUGAAAACCGGUUGGUAUAUUAUUAGUAUAAGAAUUUGAUAAAGUGACUUAAAUAUGUAUAGCAUAGAUUUUAUCAUACAGCUAGGGCACUAAGAGCAAAUGAACGAUAAUGAUUUAAAAAAAUUAUAUACAAUAAUUAAAUAACAAUAAAUAACACAUAAAAAGGUUAUUGUUUUUGCAAUUACGAUUUUGACAACAGCAAUAGAACAUUUUUGCCUUAAAAGUUAAAAGGAAUAAAUUUGCAACUUUAAAGACCUGUUUUGUAAUGCACUUUUCAAAAUCUGUUUGAAAUAUGAUUCAUUAUCAGCAGAAUCAUCAGCGUUUAAAAAACAGUAAAUAAAGGAAUCGUCUAAAGACCACACCAAGUAUUUACUACUCUAUAUCUUAAGUAGCAUUGACUUUAAAUCCUCUUCACAAUUUGAUGCCCGAUGCACAUAGAAAUUUUAUAAAGUUUUGGUACAACUGUUUUGAAGUGGGUUUAACACAUUUCUCUUUUAAUUUGUUCAAAGUAAUUUGAAAAUUAGUCUUGUGUUUUAGUAAAAAAAUAGGGCACCUGGCAAUGAAUUGAUGUAAUUCUAAGAAACUGUGUAUGGAAAUUUUAUAACUAUUUAUGGAAUUAAUAUUUUUGUUCAACUUUUUUUAUGGCAAAAUUCAAGUCCUUAGAAAAAUUAAACGCAUUUGUUUAACAGAGCUUUAUAAAUGCAAAAGACACUUGGCUGAAAGCCGUUCGAGUUUUUGAAACAUUCAACUGUUAUCAGCGGUUUAGUAAACAGUGUAAACACGCGAUCGAUUUUGGAAAUUUUUUGGGUAAAUCAUGCUGUUGCGGGCCAGAAAACGUGAUUUAGAGCUUGUAUAGAUCGACGCUAAAAUGUGCCGUUAUAGUGGCCUAACUGUAUGAAACACGCAUAAGCGGUGUUUAUAGUACAUAAUCGUUAAUAGGAACUUUAAAUAUCAUUCCACCCUGAUAUAUUUUAAUCAAUUUUAUUAGGUGUACAAAUUGAAUUUGGUCAUAGUUUUUUCUAUUUAUAUCAAUAUUGUUUUUAGCACAAUUUUUGUAACUUUUAUAUGGAUUUUUUAACCAUUUAUAUGAUUCGUUAUUACUUCACGGCAGCCAAUUGGUCGGUAUUAGUUAGCAUUCAUAAAUGAAAAGACUUGCUAGAAUGGUUAUUGUUGUUCGUAAUCAAUUAUUGUUUGUGCAUUAGUUAGAUCGUUACAUGAGUUAUAAGUCUAACUUGCGCUUAUGUUUGAAAACAAUAUAUAUUGAAAAACUGAAGGCAAUUGGUUGUAGGUUGUUAUUAAUUUGCGAGAGUAUUACAAAAUUUGGGUCUAUUGGAACAAUUCAUACAUAUUAAUAGCAUUUAGUUUUGCUGGAAUUGAUUUUGUCAAUUAUGAUUAUUCUACAAUUUGGUCCAAUUUCUACUUUUUUACAGUUGUUAAACUAGCGACAGGUAUAUACAUAUAAUUACUAUUAAAUUAAACAUUUACAAUACAAUGCCCGUAAUAAAGUUUUAAUAAAGUUCUUUAUUUGUAAAAUAAAGUAUGUAUCUGAAAGCCUACACUAAUUCAUUCGAAGUACUUUUGGUACCUGCUUUACUUAUACUUAUAAUAUUGUCAUAAUUUGACUGAGAAAAAGUGAAUAUGUAAUGUUACCAUUACGUAUUUACCAAAAUAUGCUGAGUUAAACUCAACAUAUAUGAGUUUGAAUUUAUUUGAAAACAAUUUCAGAUACUCAGCAAAUGAAAACUUCGCACUUAAGUGUAAGUAUGUAUCCUCGUCUCUUGGACGUAAUGUGCACUUAAAUAUACUUGUACGUCGUAAGCUUGUUAUCGUUACUUGUUUUUUUCUGUACUAUUAGUUGUAGUAGUGCAAUCGAGGUGAUGGUUAAGUAGUUGCGUAGAUUCACGUUAUGUAAACAAUAUGCAAUUUACACUUAACAUUUGUAUUUAUUGACAAAAAUAUAUUUUACAUUAAAAUUGUUGCUAACUCAAA